AUGAGUUCCUUAUUAUCAGCUGAACUUUCCGCAACAUGCAAUGCUUUGGGAACAUUUAAUAAAAAAACUGGAAAGUAUAUGAUUGACGACUUCACUCUUAACACUGUUAAGGAUUUAAUAAGAUAUUUAAGACGUGAUGGCGAAGAUCAUGAAAUCCGAAGGCAUUUUGGUCAAACUAAAGUGCUGCAAACUGAUUUGCUACCAAUGUUGAUAGAUCAUUGGGAAAAUGAAGAACUAUUUGAUGUUACUUUAAGGUUAAUUGUUAACUUGACAAACCCUGCACUCUUAUUAUAUAGAGAAGAAGUCCCCGUAGAACGGAAUGAUCGCCAUAAUUAUUUGCAAAUACUAUCACAUUUGCAGUCUUACAAAGAAGAUGCAUUUACAAAAGUUGAAAAUUGGCAAGUCUUUGCUAAAAAACUUGGAAAAGUUUUAGAAAUAGAUUGGAGUGAACGAGAUGAAGACACUGGUUUAGUAAUAGAAAGAAUCUUGAUCCUAAUAAGAAAUGUAUUGCAUGUUCCCGCCGACCUUGACAAAGAGAGACGCCCGGAGAAUGAUGCUAGUGUUCAUGAUCAGGUUCUGUGGGCGUUAAAUCAAGCAGGAAUAUUAGAUAUCAUUCUAUACAUGUCCUCGGAGAACGAGAAACAAUACUUCAUGCAUAUCAUAGAAAUCAUAUCACAUCUACUGAGAGAACAGAAUCCAACGAGCUUGGCCGAUGCGGCCUUACAGAGAAGUGUUGAUGAGAAACUGAGGGAUGAUCAAGAGUUACUGAUGAUUAGAAUGACUGAAAAUAAAGAUAGGAUGAACAAAGUUAGACAUUAUUCAUCAACAAGACAUUCAAGAUUUGGUGGUACAUAUGUUGUUCAGAAUAUGAAAUCUAUAUCGGACAAUGAGUUAAUCUGUCUCAAGCCUUUAAACAAGAUAUCCAAUUUGGAUUUCAACGGCAGCAAGAAACAGAAAUUAGUGAAACCUAAGAAUAGAAGACCAGCUGAGAGUGGGACUAUGGAAAGGAGAUCAGCUUUUGCUAUACGGUUAUUCUUAAAGGAGUUCUGUAUAGAGUUUCUGAACAGUUCAUACAACGUCUUGAUGCAUUACGUGAAGGACGUGCUAGUGAGGGCCAAGGCUCAACAAAACGACGAGUCCUAUUACCUCUGGGCUGUGAAAUUCUUUAUGGAGUUCAACAGAGCUCACGAUUUUCAAGUCGGUUUUGUCAGCGAAACAAUGUCGGUGCCGAUGUUUCAUUACGUACAACAACAGAUGGAGAAAUACUACGACAUGAUAAGCGUUGAGAAGAAAAAGUUCACUAACUGGGUCCGGCGACUUCACCUGGCUCUGAGGGCCUACAAGGAACUACUACAUACAUUACUAGCUAUGGAUACAAGCAAGGAUCACACUGUGAGGGAAUCCGCUAAAGUAUUGAAGAGCAAUAUAUUCUAUGUACUCGAAUACAGAGAGUUCAUAUUGUCCAUGUAUCUCAAUUACGAUGAAAAUAAAAUGCCCAGAUCAUAUCUAGUGGAUCUCGUAGAAACGGUUCACCUUUUCCUCAAAAUGUUAGAGCAUUACUGUAAGAAAACUGGCCUGGUUGUUCAGAAGAAAGUUCGGAAAAAGACAAAGGCUAAGAAACAAAAGCCGAAAAUCAAGCCAAAGGUUAUUGAACUCUCGCCGUGGGAGGAGGUCCGCCCGCAGCUGGCCGCUGUACUUAGUUCCGGAGUGGAACAUUAUCUACCACCGUUUGACGCUGCCUCAGACACACCCAUAGAUCAACAGAAGGAAGAUUGUAUGAAGAAAAUUCAAAAGCUGAUGAGGGAUCACAAGUAUGAGGACGUGAUAGGAACAUUCAGAGCAGCGAGGGAGGUAUGGCCAGAAGACGGUAUUUUUGGUGUCAGCGGUAUGCCCGAAGAUGAGGAACUCGAUAUGUUAGAGACUAUCUACAAUACUGACUUGGGGCUAGAUUCUGAGGUGGCCCAACAAGAAGAUGCUGAAGAAUACUCAGAAGAUGAAGACGACGAAGAUGAAGAAGAUCAAGGCUCGACCGCCAUCGUUGAGACUGAUUUUGAUUUCCAAGACUUCGUUCUGAGAUUUUGUCACCCAAAGAUAGUAUCGGCGUGUGUGUGUCUGUUAGAGCGUUAUGACAAGAACCGGUCACACACAAACCACUGUAUAGUCAAGAUGUUACACAGAAUAGCGUUCGACUGUAACCGACCCGCUAUGAUGUUUCAAGCUACUCUGUUUCUGACUUUCCAGAAGAUUCUGCACAAUCCUAUGCCACAUUUGAAGGAGUUGGAAAAGUUCGCCAUAUUUAUUCUAAGAAAAUUCGCUGAUAUAGCGUCUAAGAGCGGGAAAGUUUUUAUUGAACUGUUAUUUUGGAAGAAUUCUAAAGACGCUGUUGAAAUCGAACACGGAUACAAUCUGUACAACGAUCCCAGAGACAAACCUGGUAAAGCUAGCUGGUCUGAAGAACAGGAAGACGAAUUACGUAACCUUUAUAUGGAGAACCAAACUAACCCGCAGACGGAUCAAGAUGUUAUUGAUUGGAUACUCGACAAUCUGAUCGAUCAAACGCGAACACGUAGAUCCGUUAUUAAGAAGCUAAAGGAAUUGGGUCUUAUAUUUAACGCGCCGACCAAAAAAAGCAACAAGGCGAGAACUGAGAAAGUUAGCAAAGAUUUUACUGAAGAAGAAGACAAAUUGCUCACGGAAUUAUGGACUCAAAAUGCAGAGUCACAAGAUCCUAUGAGCGUUAUAAUGGAACAAAUGCCGAAAAGCAGAUCGAAGCGAAUAUUCGUCGAGCGACUUCUACGAUUAGGUUUGAUUGAUGACAAGAAACAGUGUCGUAAGAAACGUACCAAGAAUAUAUCGGGACACAACUCAUCAGAUUCCGAAUCAUCGAAAUCCGAAGACGAGGACGCGCCUCCCAAAACGCCCACCAUUAAAAUAAAAUCCAAGAAAAACUUAACAAAAAACAAGCAAUCUAAUAAAAAGUCAGUUAAAAGCUUGGAACUGAGCGCUAAUGAGAUCGCAGAACUGUUAGUGCAAGCUGUUGAAAACGGUCUUACGGAGGCCUUGAAGUGGUUGUCAGAAAAUUUAGAAGAAGUAGCUUUGGACCAAGAGGCGGAAGGAUUUGACCCGACCUCAGAAGGAACGCCGUUAGUACCGAUAUCAAGAGAAUCCGUUCAGGCCAUGCAAGAUAACUUGUUUAGAAGAGUGUUACAGAGUAUAGGAAUAGUACCGCCGGGUGACGAACAAGAGACAUAUUGGAGAAUACCGAGUAGCUUACAUUACGAAACUAUAAGAAAAAGAAGGGAAAUUAUUAUGAAAGCCGUUAACAGGGAACUUAUUAUAGACAAUAGUGCGCCAUCCCACAAUAAAGAGAAAAACAACGAUAACGGAAAUAAUAAUAUUAAUAGCGAUAACGAAAAUAACGAGAAUCAUAAUGUUAAUAACGAAAGUGAUGCCAGCGAUGAUGAUUUGUUCGAUAAUUUACGUAAAAUGACGAACAAAAGCAACGAAACAGAGAAUUCAAGAAGCAAAAAUCGCAAAAGAACACGCAGUAUUGAAUCUGACGACGAAAAUAAGAAAAAACAAAGAAAAGAUAAAAAUGAUGAUGAAAAUAAAGAUAACGAUGAUGAUAUACUGUCGUUCGUUAAAAAUACUUUACACACUGAACUACCAGAUACAGAAGACAUAAUGAACGCACUUCCUGAACAUAGCGAUGACAGCGACGCUGAAGUAGCACCCAAGAGAAGAAAACUGAGAAUAUUAAGUGAUUCAGAAUAA